AUGCCGGAUGGCAAGUCCCACGAAGACUUGCUCCACGCCCAAGUCGCGCAGCGGGUCGAUCGGCUUCGCAUGUCGCUCGUUGGGCUGGCGGCUAACGCUCUUCGAGCUGUGCGAGUGCUCAAGACAUGCGAACAUCCGCACCGCCCUGACGUCGAUAGCGGGCUCCUGAAUGAGCGCGAAGGUCCUCAAAGCCGGAUGCUCGCGAACAACGACCGUGGCGUGAUCAAGGACGUUGAGCGUCUCCAAGGCAUGUCGAUUCUUGUCGUGGGACUCAAUGGGAUGGGAUGCAUGAUCGCCGAGACAUACUGCCGCAGUGGCAUCGGGACGAUCUUCCUCUGCGACAACUCGAACGUGUUCAAGGCCGAUUUGGGCCGCAUGUUCUUUCGGCCGGACAGCGUCGGGUACACACGGAUGGGGGAAGUCGAGUCGAUGCUGCACGCCAUCAACCACGAUGUCCACGUCGAGCAGCUCCACGUCGAUUUCUUCGACGCUGCAUGGUGCCGCCGUCUCAAUGUUGUACUGCGGCCUGCCCAGCGCCCGACACGACCGUCCACUUCACCGUUCGCAGAAGGACUUUUCACAACCACCCCGCCUCCGCUCGUCGUGUUCCUAUGCGUGGACGAAGUGCACGUAACCAAAUGCUUGAACGAGUGGGCGCUCGAGACGAACGUGCCUUUGGUACACGCAAAGAUGGGCCCAGACGGCCUCUCUGGCACUGUCGUCACGUCAAUUCGGGGCAAGAUGCGGUGUUUGCUGUGCUAUCAGCCAGCAACCCCGUCGUCGUCUCAAAGCUCCCAACGAUCGCUUCGAUCCGACUCGAUCAGCACGCCUUCGUCGUCCGCUCAGCUCCACAAGAAAGCGCUGCCCAUCCUUCCCGCGAGCUCUCCUUGCCUGCCCAUGUUUGAAUCGAUCGUGGCCAGCAUUGCCGCUCACAACGCUCUCAAACACAUGCUCGGAUUCGGGACAGUCUCGCCGUUUCUUCAAUACUGUGGACUCCAGGAAGCGAUCGAGCACGGUGCGAUGCCCCCGUCGCCCCGUUUGGCGACGCCGCCUCCGCCUUCGGGAGGCCAUGCCGACGAUCACGCCGCCGCGGGAAUGUGCGCCAGUCCUCUCUGCCGUGCCCACAACAGUGUUUUGUUUAUGAGUAAACCCCGGAAGCGAAAAGACUCUUGCUAAAGUUGAAUGCAGCAUCCUGUCAUGUCC